AUGGACAGUAGGCUUUUACUGAACCGGAACUUAGGCGGAAUAAGUAAGACACCGUCUGCCUCUGUCGAACACCUUCAUAGGUUUUGUCGAGCGGCCAGGCGCGGCUUUUCGUCCAAAAGUACGCAAAAUAGGUGAGUUCGUCUCCGGGGAUUUGCGAAGAACCUAGACGGAAUAAGAUUCCCGACUUAUUAAACCGAUUUUUCAAUAAAAUCCGUUGCCGUCAGCAAAGUUUAAUCUUUUUCUUCUAGACUUUUCGUGUUGGGUGUAUGCGCUAUUUCUAGGUAAGUUACGAAUAUGUAUAAUCGUCUGUCGCACUUUAUUAAUCUUAAUGACAACGAACUUCCUGACGACUAACCGUAAUAGGGCACGGUCACCUGUCGUUUGUCACACUAUGUAAUACUUUGAACUCAAACAAUUCAGUCGCCCACACCUCUGAGAGUGCCCACACAUCUUUGUUUUUAUGCUAUGCAAAGUUUUAUGCUCCCAUUUCCCUUAGUUAACUUGUCAAGAAAUAUGCGUUCCGUCUAGUGUUUACCACCUUUAUUUGUGUCCCGUUGUCAUGUUACCUCCUCAUUGUAGAUGGCGGCGUUCAAGCAGGAAAUGCCUCCACCGGGAGGCUACGCCCUGUUCAACGUUUUUAAUAAGACCGUUCGAAGAUCCCUAAACGGUAUGUGCAUAUUUUGUAUACGUUUUUCUAAUUGCGCCUUUGCAGCUUAUAUUAGCUUGUACAUGUAAACGGUCCUUUUAUGCUGGCAUUGUCCUUUACUGGCCGUCGACUUAUGGUCCGCAGUUUUUUUGAAGUUUAGUAACAUAUUCAUGGAUAUAUGACCAGUCUCGUUUUUUCGUGAGUGGUAUAAAAUCUCGAAGACGAUGCUACCGGCUAACCUGGGUUCUGGCAACCUGACGUCUUCAUGAGUGGUGGGUAUUGGACUGACCCUCAGCGAGGGUUUGCUGCGAAAUAAAUGGGCCCCCGGAUCUAAAGGAGCUGUCGGGGACUGGUAGCGUUGUUCCUGCUGGGGGUGCGAAUGGCUAAGGUAUGGCACGUCAGCCGACUUAUAGAAUUUCACAAAAUCCCAGGGAAGCCACAGUGGCAUGGCGACUGUGAACCGUCACUAGAUAAGCGCCACAUGCCACCACUGAAUGGCCAUUCAGAACUCUCUCGUACUUGGAAUUCGCCGAAAACCCCCACGAAUUACGGUCCAUGCUGCGGCGUGCGCACCAGAACUCUGGACCAGUAGUGUGCGGGCUAGACUACUCACCCGUGAACGGGCUCCCGGUGUUGGGUGUUGAGGUGUGCAAAGGCUCCUGAGUCCUAUUGUAGAAAGUCUGAUGGCUUAGUCCUCCUCAGCAGAGCCUGGUCGUUUGGCUACUGCCUGAAGUCCAAAUCCUGGACAUCUGGAGGCGUCGAAGUGGUUAACUCAAAACACGAGUCAACCCAACUCACCAUAACCGGUGUUUGUUCAAACUUUAGCACUUGGUCUCAGUCAUUGGAGACUGGACUGGGGUGAGUUCUCCAGAUACACAAGUUGUAAUUUAUUUUCAAUAUGAUCGCACACAACUGAGAUGCGACAGUAGCGUUACUGUCAGACACGACCCUUUGAUGAAGAGAACAUUUUACCCAGCUAGUAAACCCAUCAGGUUGGCUACCCUUGACUGCCGCCCGUCUCGAAAGCCCCCCUCGCCCGAGCACAUCUGUGACUGUGGCUUGACGUUUACCUAGUGGGUCCUUGUUGAUGCAACAAAGCAGUAACGGUUUUGUCUGACCGGUUACAAGGCCGUUUGACCCAAAUUAGGAAGCAGAGGUUACCUAAAGACUGAAAUAACACUCUUAUUACGCUUUCUUAAAGAAACACGUCACUGCAAGAACUACGGUGACACAAACCUCCCUGACACCGCUGUUGAGGCCUUUGCGAUUAUCAUUCUCGAUUUUUUCCCGCCCGCAUCACGACGCCCGCACGAAAAAGAAUAAAUUUGAGUUCUAGCACUUCUCUUGUCGUCGGGCCGUCAAACGGCAACACAAUAACUAGCGGCCUACUGCCUUCACAUCUGCCUCUUCAUCAGGAACGCAUAUGAUGGCACACUAUCAAAGCCACUUCUAUUAAUUCACAUCUACUACCGCGAAACAGUGACCAAAAUCUUUCGAGAAUGUAAGGGCAGCAACUGGUUCACUGGGGCCGCUUUUACCCAACACUGUUAAGUUACAUGAUAAACUGGGUUCUUAAGCACGCCGCGCAUCACUCGGAUAUUACAGCAGGUCAUGGUCCAUGCACUGAGGAUAUUGGCUACACUAAUGGCUUUGUGGCGCCAUAAAAAGCCUGUACAUAAAUGCAGGGAGUGUUGUCCGCGCUAGGUGCGAAGGAAGACUUAGGGAGGUUUGCAAAUUGAUUUCCCCUACACAGAGGUGACCACUUUAGGUAGCAUCGCCGAUUUGUACGGUCUCGGCAGGGUGUGUAGCUCUUCGGAUAGUAUACAUGUUUCAGCAUUUGGAGUCAAAUUUUCUACUAGACGGGCAAAAUAAAGAUUGAAUCAACCAUCGGGUUAACCAAGCACAUGUGGCCUGUGUUCGACCCCACAGAAACUCCUGGUUUCGGCGUGAUGUAAGUUGCAAUCUACGAAGGCCUCAGUUGAAACAUUCCUGUACGAGUGAGCUAUGGCUCAUGUCCUCGGAAGAUAUACACUGCCUGGGGUGAUCUAAUUGGCACUGCUUGCUCCUCAUUCUCCUCAUCCAUCCUUAUAAGGAGCGGCCAUAUAGUCUAUCAGGAAGUCAAGUGGUCGACAGCAUCCUUCCUGUUCGCUAACCGACGUGGCUCAGCCAUGUCGUGCGUCGACUUGAUGACGAAAUUUUACUGGACAUUAAGUCGUCUCCAAUCUAGCUUUGCCUGGGGAAGAUACCUUGGUGGCCAACUAACGUCGCGGGUCGACAUCUUGGACACUUACUUCAAGCCAAUCUCUGGCCCUUGGCCUACAGAACUGACGGACUGCAGUACUGAAUGCCACCGUAAAUAUUAGUAAAAUACUUGAACGUAGCCGUCAUUGUUAAAUGUGCAUAACAUGCCGUCAGACUAAGAUGGGUAAGAGACCCACAACAGAAGUUACUAGCUUCUGUACUAUUGCUUGUCCGCACCUAGAUAUGCUUCGUCAUUCGUUGAAAUCUUUCUAAUCCUCUUACAUAAUCUGACACUUUGUUCCUUUUAUAGAACUCAAUUUCCCAUUCUACCUUCUAUUCCUCACUUUCAGGUCUAUAUCUGAUCGCCGCAUUGUAUGCCUGCACUUUUGUCGGCGUAAAACUGCGUGAUUGGGGAUAUGCGCGACGAGAGGCGCGCCGCAACGAAAACCGUGAAGUGCGCCUAGCCUUGGCGCCAUUUCUCAUAGCUGAACAGCAACGCAUGUACUUGAAACACCUUAUCAAAAAUCAGGAGUAUGAAAAAGAACUGAUGAAGGAUGUACCCGGCUGGGAAGUCGGCCAUUGGCAUGACUGCCCCGUCUACCACAACCCACGUGACCUCUGGUGCGAGCCCAGCAUACACGAGUACUAUGCUCACCAGUCUAAAAAGAUGCGAGAAAAACACCUAUAUGCUCAUCUGGAGUACUAA